AUGUCUUGCAGAUAUCACCACCGCUACAGGCACCAAUCAAGGACUUUCAUGGAUCGGGUGUAACGCUUUCAAUGGAGAACUUCACGCCUGUAAUCAUUCCUCGAAUGAUUGUCCCUACAUCAAACGUCCAAGUAUCUUGUAUAAUCGACUGUACGAUAUGUGUACAUGCCGGUUCAGUUUCAUUUUCGGAACUACACACCGCCGUUGUGCGCUGCGCAAUAGUGAAUACUCAUCAGCGCCCAAAUGGUUUUCGGUCGACGCUGGUGGAUUCAAUCAUAGAGGGUAACGAAGUUAAAUAAGCACUGCCUCCUGCCUCCGAGUUCUGAAUGUGCUGUUCAAUGAUAGGUGACAUGUUGGUGGCGUGCAUGACCUGCCACGGGUCAGAAGAUAUCGAGAUAAAACGCCGUCCCGUUCUUCACUCGUUUUUUUUUUGCUGGAUGGCCACUAGUUUGAACACGGUCAUUGUUGACGACCAGGAUGGAAAAAUCAUCUACUCUGGUCAAUGGUCUCUAGCGGGGUCACAGACGGACUAUAACCGAACUGCCAAUUCCCCGCGAUCGGAAGGCGCUCAGAUGUCGUUCACGUUUUUUGGUACUUCCGUCACCGCUAUUGGAAACCUUGAACCAGGAGCAAGAUGCAAUGCUACAUUUUCGGUCGAUGGAACCCCCUCCAACUACAUUUCUCCGCCAACAAACACGACCCAGCGCCAACAAACAAUAUGGACCUCACCAGAACUCUCCGAAGGGAAUCACACACUCAUUUAUACUGCCUUCCCCUGCACACCCCAAACGAAUACCACCACUGCAAAUGAGUAUAAAUCAUCCAUUUCGUUCGACUAUCUGCUCUACAACACGGCAGAAAUUCCAGAGGCCGCUACUAUCUUUAUUGAUGACCGUGAUCAACGUUUGCGAUACUCCGGGAACUGGUCACAAGACGGCGGAGAUGGAGAUUUUAGGCUUACAAGGCAAGGAGGAGGCAAAGGAAGUUCUGUGCAACUAGCAUUCACCGGCUCGUCUAUAGCUGUUUAUGGCCGAGUUGACAAUACAAGUACCGUUGUGGAGGCUUCGUUCACAGUGGACGGCGAAAAGAUUAGUGCAUUUGCCGCCGGGUCUCAUAAUUCCGUCUCCUACAACAUGGAAUUUUUCAAGAACGGGUCUCUUACUCCAACAGAACAUACUCUUGUUAUCAGUUGCCUUGCGGACGGCCCAUUUUGGCUCGAUUACAUCCUGCUCAGAUCCUCUCCUACCGAUACUACGCCCAAGGCGGGAACGAUUCCAGUGGGCGCUGUAGUUGGAUCUAUCACUGGCGUACUGUGUCUGAUUGGCAUUGGACUCGUGGUUUGGAUAUUAUAUUUCAGGAGAAGGAAGAAAUCGCCCAAAAACAAUACAUUAACGUUCCCAAAGCGAGGACUUGUUCGUCGAAUAACGCGCUACGACUCCAACACCGCCGACCCAUUCUCUCGUGAUCCGAUCCCAGUUCAAGCUGUACCACGGGCACCCAUGACACCCAGUGUGAAUAUGACUCCCUCCAUAACCUCGUAUCAAAGCACCGCAGGCCUUCUGGCCACUCACUCCUUCGAUAAGCGGUCCUUGUCGGAUGCAAGCUCUCAUCAUCCCGCGCCCGAGUCCGUCCACACCGACUGCUACAAUACGUCUCACUUAGAUGACGACGAUGACUCUGUUCUCAAUCUACCUCCCGAGUAUGCAACAACAGCACCCAGCGGAACCAACAUAGGCGACAUCGUUCCCGCUCCUUCGAUUCCCUCGAGUCCAUCGUCUAUUCACUAUCCUUAUCCUCCGUCACGCACCAACACCUUUUCCACUAUGCACCGCCGUCAUGGCUCAAUUCCUUCUGACAUUGGCGGGUCUGAUUUUUCAUCGAUAGCUCAUGAUCAUUAUCCGCCCACUCCGAGUCGUGGAGAUAGCCAUUACAAGCCUACUGGAUAUACAGGAGCUUCCAGACUGUCCCGAAAGUCUCAUGGUAACGCGAGAUUUGUCGUAAAUGCGGACGACGAUGCACGCCUAUCUAUUGCCGAUAUGAAGAGGCGGCAACAGGAUGUCCCACACCAUAUCCCAAUAGUGCAUACCGACAGUGGCGUUCGUUUACCACCGAACAUAGUAGACGACAGAGACGAACAUCAGAAUGUACCAGAAAGCUCAAAUGGCCACCCUCUUUUGGCUCAUACACAUUCCGAAGUGUCCGACCCUCCCAUACGCCCCGCCGCUUUGUCCGAACGCCCUACACGACCCCUCCCAGAACCAAGUUUACGAUCACUGGACGACGACGGGCAGUCCAUAGCUGCGCUGAAACGACAGCAACGUAUGCUAAUAUUCUCGCCUGACGGUUUCAGCACCCAAACUGUCCCAACAGACGAUGGCGUCCAUACCGAUCUCCCCGCCAGCACUCUAUACGAUGUUUCAGGGACUCCUGGACCUCUUGUUCACGCAUCUGCAUCAAACUCGAUAGCUCCAUCGGAACAUGCACAUGCGCCGUUAGUGCCAAAUCGUCGGCCCCCGCAAUCGACUGCCUUCGUGGACGAAGUUCCUCCCGUGUACACCUUGAAAUAGCUCAAAUACCGCAGUCGUUUUGAACUUUGUGACAUAUUAUUGUACUAACUAUUGUAGAUACCUAGUGAUUUACGCCAUUUGCACACUCUUGUGGGAGCAAUCUGAUUACGGUCGCCGAUCUUCUACUAAUAUGAUGCGGAAAGAAGGGGGGAGGAAGAAACUAGAGCCACAUUAUGGUAGUUUAAGUUUAUUAAUCAUUACUGAGGCGUAUACAAUAUUUAGGCGGUUCAUACUCUCGCCAGGGUUCGGAUAGAGAGAGAGAUGGUUGUUUACUAUUGACAGGCUGCUUGAGUACAGUAUCCUGACUACCGGUGACUGGUGACCCCCAGUGAAAAUCGACAAUAUUACUAGUACUUUGCCAG